AUGCGGUGUCGUACCGCUGCCGUAGCAGCCGUCGGUGCCGCCGCGGCCGUGUUUCUGGCUCUGAUCGGCGCGGCCGACGCGGGCAGCUGUCUUGAAGCUAAGCUAUGCUGUCCGGGCCGCGACUCGGCGUGCGUCGUCCAGAAGACGCCCAUCAACGCCAUCAUCGAGGAUCCCACGGACAAGCCGUGCUACUGCGACCACGCGUGUCUCAAGCUCGGCGACUGUUGCACCGAUUUCAAACCCGCUUGCGGAGUGAUUGAUUGUGUGAUGUCAGAAUGGGAAUCAUGGAGUGAAUGUGAUACAGAAUGCGGAAAUGGCAUGAUGACAAGAAAAAGACAAGUGAUUAAGACACCAGUAAAUGGUGGCAAACAUUGCCCUUCAAUGGUACAGAAAAGGGCGUGCAUGGGAACCAGGUGUCCCAAUUAUCCUGGGAGUGCACUAAAAGAAACCGCCAUGUUGCUGCCUGCGUCUUUGGCAUCCAAUCGUUUGAGUAAUGAGUCCCAAGAUAUACGUCACAAUUUAAAGUACCGCUUGUCAAAAGAACCAGUCGAUUUAGAUUCAAAGGAGUACUGUGUUCUUUUCGAGGUGAUGAAAGCGACCAAGGCCUGUAGAAAAGUGUCCGAAUACUCUUUGCUUAGAGAAGGUGAACGUGUGUGUGUGCGCUGUGACACACAGGUGAUGCGUCAAUCGCUUGGGUUCCGGUGCCCGGGCCAUGGGACAAUGGAUCGGGCGACGAGAUGGACCGUACUGUCGGCGCCCCAUUGUCAUGGCAAAUGGGUUCGUCUCGAAUCAGCGGGACAGCAGGACGGGCACUCGUGUCCGAUGUGUAAAAAAGGAGCGCAGUUCGUGUUCGUAUAAGCCAGCGACCGCUGCUCACCUACGUAUAAAAUAUAUUAUACGAAACCCCCUUUGAUUUUUUUUAUAUACAAAUAUAUAUACAUAUAUAUAUACCUACACUCACUCCGUCAUUCUUUUUUCUCACUGCGACUACCCUAAACCACUUCCACAACAAAUUCGAAUACACGUCGUUGUACCGCCAUAUAUAAAUAUGUAUAUGUGUAUAUGUGUGUGUGUGUGUGUGUGUUUGUGCUUUAUACGUUUUCAGCGUUUUCUUGAAAAGAAUAAUGUACAACAUAAUAAUUAGUAUAACAACAAUAAUACUACUUCGUACGACCGUAUUAUAUUUAAAUACAGGGUGAUCCAUUAAAAUAGAGCGCUUCGAUGCUUCUUUACAAAUGAAUCUAAAUUUGUGUGCCUCUUCCUUUCCCCAAAAAAGGAUUUGUUAGGUUUAUAAUUUUAAAAUCGAACGCUGAAUAAAUAUAGUUUUUUUUUAUGUGUAAUAAGUGUUUAAAGUCCUUGUGAGUGGACUAUAACUUUUACUAGAUACCAAAACCUUACUACUUUCCUUAAUGCAAACUUUAAAUACUUAUCAAUAUUCGAUAAUUAUACAACAAUUUUAAAAAGUAUUUUAUUUUUAAUAGUGAAAAUAUAAAUCGUUAUUAUAAUUAUUUAAUUAAUUAAUUAUUAUUUUUUCAAAAACACAAAAAUUAGUGUAGCCAUAUGAAUGGAUCACUCCUCGUAUUAUAUUAUAGUAUUUUAUACAUUAUAUAAUAAAUACGAUAUACAUAAUAUGUGUGUUAUUUUGGGCAGGAAUCAGAUUCUUACAUUAUUUUCGGUUGCUAUAAUUACUUAUACAUAUCGAUAUCCUUGACGUCGGGUGUUUUCAUACUUGGCAUUAUUAGUUAAUACCUAUUUUAAUUUUUGAUAUCUUAUAAUCCCCGUCAACCUCUCUCCACUCAUGAAUUAUUUAUAUUUUCAAUAUUAUAUUGUUAUUAAUUAUUUCCAUACGAAAUUAAAUGUUGUAUAUGUCUCUUUUUGUUUUAAUAUAGUAUAAUACCUAGUUGUUAACGAAUCCAGACGUUCCACACGUAAAAUUUGUAAAUAUAAAUUAUAACAUAAUAAUAGUAAUUAAAU